AUGGCUUUGCCCAAGACCAACAUUUCGCCGCCCAAUCUGCCCCUCGACGCCUGGUUCGUGUCAACCUGGAACAUAAAACAGCAUCGUCAAAAUCCAUCGACAACAAAAAAAACUGGCCGGAUCAGGACUCCAUGGUGGCGUAGCAGCCUCCCGCAGAGUGUCCGCAGCCUCCUUCGCAGAGCUAUCCCGCGAGUGAAGCCUGAUCUUGAGAUCUUGAUUCUUGAGGAGAGUGCGCGGCCGGCCGGAUCAUCUCUUGCCCGACCCCUAUUGGCUUGCGACAUGCUCAACUUCCCUCCGAGAAGUGAAGUUGUCAACUUGUCACAUCAAUCGGCCAAUCUGAUGCCCGCCCGCGCAGUGACAAACGGCACGAGAACAUCCAAUGAAGUACUCCAAGCCAGACAACUCAUUGCCGAGACUAUUCGGUCCAAGGCAAAUUCCGCCAAGAAAUUCAUCCAACCGGCCAUUCUCACUCUUAUCCAAUGCACCAAUGCACUGACCCAGAAUACCACCAAUUUCCAAUCCUGGAUGGUCUUUUUGCAGAAAAAAUGUCAUGAGGACUUGGGAGGAUCCGGCCUCGUCAGUACCCAUGUGUCCUCAACGCCAUGCUCCUGUCAUAGAAACAGCCCAUCGUCUCAAGUCGAGACAUGGAUAGACAAACCAACGCUCAUUCCCUAA